AUGGGUAAAAAAGAAGACAAAGAGAGAUACGCCAGACUUGUUAGCAUAGCUAAUAAUCAUAGCAACAACAACAAAUGUGCCGAAUGUGGUGCAGGUUAUCCCACUUGGGCGUCGUAUAACUUGGGUAUUCUUUUAUGUGGUAGAUGUUCUUCAGUUCAUAAAAGAGUUCUUGGUCCACCAAACCAGAAUAUCUCAAAGGUCAAAUCAUUGACUUUGGAUAAAUGGUCUGAUUCACAAAUCGAUAAUUUGUCUAAAAUUGGUAAUAAGAGAUCUAAUCGUAGAUGGAAUCCUAAACGAGUCCCAUUUCCAUUUGAUGCCGAUGAAGAUGUUGGUGCUGUGGAACAAUAUUUAAGAGAUAAAUAUAUACUUGGACGAUUCCGUGACGACAACAUUGAUCCUUCAGAGUAUGAUGACAGACUGAGCAAGUUUAGUGAAGAAGAUACCGGAUACCAUUCCCUGAGACCACUGUUGAGACUGAGAUCCAGUAGUGUUCGAAGCCAAACAACCAUCCCAAGAUUGACACAUAGAAAAUUGACAACUUUUGAAUAUACCCAACAUUCAAGUCAGGCUUUGAAAAUCAGACUGUACGGAUACACUGACCGUGAUGCAGUAUUGGAGAGUUUGUUAUUAAGUAAUGGGAACAUUGAUGGUGCACUCGAUAUACUAGAGUUAGAUGCUAAAAUCAACCCUACAAAGGAAGAAACCGCCCCACUGUUACCAAGAAGACCACAGCAAACAUCACAACCUAGUCAGAGCUCGUUUACACCAACUUCUACUGCGAACGCUAGUGCUAGUGUCAGUGCCCCUAACCUGACUGACGAUUGGUGGAAUGGAUCAACCAACAGUGUUGGAGCUAUUGCUCAACAACAACCACAACCACAAGCUACCGGAAUGCCUCAAAUAUAUCAAUAUACUGAUCCUGUGACAGGGCAAAUUUCGUAUAUUGAUUCUAAUGGACAAGAAUAUUUGGAUCCAAACAAUCCGCAACACCAACAACAGUUGAUGCAAAUGAAUAAUCCACAAUUGAUUGCACAGCAAACAAAUAAACAGAAUAUAAUGUCUUUGUAUAACCAACCAACAGGACAACAGCAAAUGCAACAACAGCCAUUGCAACAACAACAAAUGCAAACAUUUUUGCAGCAGCAGCAGCAACAACAACAACAACAACCACAAUUUACCAACGUCGGAUACGUUCAACCACAACAACCACAGUUUACAGGAUUCAAUCAACAAGCUGGAUUUGGGCAACAGCAACAAGGAGGCUAUUGGAGACCACAAUAA